GAUCAUUCGUUGUUAUCUGGAUGCUAACAAAACAUGAAGGUCUUCCCUAUGUGAAGAUUACUGAUUAAUAUCUAUUGAUUGGAUGUGAUAGAUUGGUCAUGUACUUAAAAAAAGAAGUCAAAGGGGCAUUCCGAGAAUCGAACUCGGGACCUCUUGCACCCAAAGCGAGAAUCAUACCACUAGACCAAAUGCUGUAUUUGAAUGCCCCCACUGAAGCAUUGUGUUGUUGUGUAAUCCUGUGGAAAAGAGAAUUCAUGCUUCACUCCGUUAUUACAGGAAAUUAAGUCAUGGGGGUUUGUUUACCUUUUGAGGGUUCUAUUCGUGAUGAAGCUGGCAACAUGCAUUGAAGCUAAGCUGCAGAAGGGAGGUGUACGUCAUCGCCUCAUCGGGCAUGUAAGCAAAGAGAGAGAGAAAAGGGCACAUAAAAUAGGUGAGUCUCCUAAACAUGCCUUCCUUCAACUCCUCCGGCAAUCUCGCGGUGGCCGUUGCUCUUCUCUUUGCGGGCGCCUUAUAUUUCUAUUUCUCAUCAAUUACGGUUUCUGAUCCUAUGUCCGAUCUACUACACAAUGUCGAAACUAGAUGGACAGAGUAUCCUGUGGACGAGCUAGAGGCGGUCCUAGACAAGGCAGCAAUGGGAAACAACAAAACGGUGAUUAUAGCAAUGGUGAACAAAGCUUACGUGGAGGAGGUUGAAGGAGGGAGGACAAUGCUGGAUCUGUUUUUGGAGAGUUUUUGGGAAGGAGAGGGUACUCGGCCGCUUCUUGACCAUCUGAUGCUAGUGGCAGCGGAUCAGACUUCCUACGAUCGUUGCCUCUUCAGGAGGCUCCACUGCUACAAGAUGGAUACCGAUGGGGUUGACUUGGAGGGAGAGAAGGUAUAUAUGUCAAAAGAUUUCAUUGAGAUGAUGUGGCGGAGGACUCACUUGCUCCUAGACGUCCUCAGCCGCGGCUACAAUCUUACUUUCACGGACACGGACGUGAUGUGGCUAAGGAGCCCUUUUCCCCGACUAAGCUACAACGAGAGCUUGGAUAUGCAGAUAAGCGUGGACAGUAUUGGCCUGGUUGGAGGACACUUGAUCAACACGGGAUUCUACCACGUCAGGUCCAACAACAAGACCAUCUCCCUCUUCCAGAAAUGGUACGACAUGAGGCUCAAGUCGACGGGCAUGAAGGAACAAGAUGUCCUUAAGAGUCUCCUAGACUCUGGUUUCUUUAACCAGCUUGGCCUCAACGUUGGCUUCCUCAACACUACCGAAUUCAGUGGCUUCUGCCAAGACAGCCAUGACAUGGGCGUUGUCACCACCGUCCAUGCCAACUGUUGCCGCCACAUCCUUGCUAAGAUCUCUGAUCUAACUCUUGUUCUUCGUGACUGGAAACGCUACAAAGCCUCCCAUGUCAACAGCAAUUGGAGCCCCCAUGUUGAGUGCGGGCGUUCAUGGAGUGACACUCACUAUAUCCCCAAGCUCUGACCUUCUUCGUUCAUAUAUGCCAAUUAAUGAGAUUGCUAUAGUAUACACAACUUCAUCAUCUAUUAACUGCAUAUGUUCUUCAGAUUAAUCCUAGCUAGCUAGAGGAACAAUUCUCUUUUGACAAGUAAUUACAAAACAUCAUAUAUGUGUGUUACAACCAGAUUGUUUUUCGCUCUUCGUUACAGCUACCCAAAUAAUUGCUGAUAAUUCUACUACCUAGCUAGCUACUUGAUAAAAAGAACACAUAGAAGACAGAGUUUCAAAUCCAAUGCACAAGUUGGUGGAUAAAAACCAAAUGAAUGAUCGAGACCUCGUGCACCAAAAGCAAGAAAUAUCAUACCAUUAGACCAAAUGCUAUGUUGCUGAUGUAAAACUUAAAUACUUGAUUUCUCUUCUGUUUUGAGGAAAUCAAUUGAUGUAGCAUACAAAACUGUUUUCUGUACAGCCAAAGUGAGUCAUCGGAUGUGAAAGAAAGGUAAUUUGU